AUGUCCGAGGUGGAGUUCGUCCUGUUGAGGCACGGCCAGACGCGGUGGAACCGCGAGGGCAUCAUUCAAGGCCAGGAGGACGCGGAGCUGGACGGCGACGGGGUGACGCAGGCGGAGGCGCUCGGGGCUGCGCUCGCCGGUGGGCGGUUCGGGACCAUCGACGCCGUCGCGUCAUCCGACCUAUCCCGCGCGUCCGAAACCGCUUACCGCGUCGCCGACGCGCUGAACAUGCCGGCGAGUACCGUGACGCUGCACAAGGAGCUUCGGGAGCGGCACAUGGGCGUCCUUCAGGGGGUAUCGAGGCGCGACGCCGACGCGCUGAUGCCCGAGAUUUGGCGAACGUUUCGAAGGGGUUCCGACGACGACUACGCCGUGCCGGGCGGCGGGGAGAGUUACAACGACCACUGGGACAGGGCAGUCGGUUGGAUGGAACACGCCGCCGCGAAGGUAUACCCGCACGGCGCGAGGGUCGCGGUGGUGACGCACGGGGGCACGCUGCACGUCCUCAAAGACAGGUGCGACGUCGACGAUCCUCCGAGGGGGGAUGCGCGUCGCCGCCGAGGGGUGGUGCACAACUGCAGCGUCGGGGUGAUCAGGAUAUGCGUCGACGCGAGCGGAGAUCGGCGCGGGUGGAGGUGCAUCGCGUGGGGUGACACGUCGCACUUGGACGAGGCGAACGUCGGGUCUUUGCCGCACGGAUUCGGCGGCGAAGCGGGCGGCGCUUGA